CGCUCUUUCCCAAAAGAUCGGGUAGAGAACUCGAAGCAAAUCUCUUCUUCCUUUUCCUUCUUGCUUCUUCUUCCGCUCCAUCAAUCUCUUCUCUUUGGGUAGGAGAGGGGAAGGAUGAUGCAGGAGCAGGCGACCAGCUCUCUUCCUUCGAGCAGCGAGAGGUCCUCGAGUUCUGCCCCCCAGAUGGAAGCUAAAGAAGGCAAGAAUGGAGAGCGACGAGGAGAUCAGGAGAGUUCCGGAAUUCGGGUUCGAGCUGGCCGGCCCGUCGACCUCAGGUCAGGAGGCUGGCUCAGGAACCGGUGCGGACCGGGCCCAGUCAGCCGCCCAGGCGGGGCAGCGGCGCCGAGGAAAGAGCCCCGCCGACAAGGAGCACAAACGGUUAAAGAGGCUGCUGAGGAAUAGAGUGUCAGCCCAGCAAGCCCGGGAGAGGAAGAAGGCUUAUCUGAAUGAUUUGGAGGCCAAGCUAAAGGAUUUGGAAACCAAGAACUCAGAACUGGAGGAGAGGAUCUCCACAUUGCAGAAAGAGAACAACAUGCUGAGACAAAUCUUGAAGAACACUACUGUUAGCAGGAGAGAAUCAAGCAGUAGCGCCAAUGGAGGUGGGGAAUGAUCCAAGCUUGCUUGAUAUUGGUGUCGUCCAUCAUGUCUCCAGUAUUGAGAUCACACAUUACUAAGUCUAAUUGGUGGAAGGGUUCUCAAGGGACUAAGAAAAGAAAAAGGCAUGCAUUUAUGAUCGACUAUGCUGUGGAGUUUGUAUCAAGUAGCAACUUUUGCGAUAAUCUCUGUAUCGGGAUGUGUUUUUUUCCUUUCAAGUGAGCACAGUGAAGUCGAUGAUGCCUCCUCUUAGGAAUUAUUAGGAGAGUGAAUUAUGAGGUAUCUUUUUUUUCAAUAAAGAGUUUAAAUCAA